UGUGUUUGUUUAAAUCUUGAAACAUUUUAUCUGUUUGAUUAAAGAGAAAUUGAAAGCUUUUUGUGUGAGAAAGAGAGGAGUUGUUGGUUUUAGGGAUAUGAGCAUUGACUGUGAUUGACUGAUUGUGGAGUGAGGAAAUUUGUAUUAUGAGGGUUUUUUUUCUUUAACGAUUGAGACCUUAGAGAUGUUUGGGCUAAUACUUUUGACUCAACUGAGGGCGUUUCUGCAUUUCCACCAAACCAAAAAUAAAAUCAUGUAUGGUUUUGAAAUGAAAAAAAAAAUGUGAACUUUUCUUGGCUAAUUAGUUUUAGCAAUGUAAUUGGCCUUAAAAAUCUUGUAAAAUGUGCUGAUUUUUUUGUGUAAUUUAUGGUCUUAUGGGUAAUAAUAAGCGUUGGAUAUGUGAAGGGGGGUUAAAGAAGGGAAAGUGUUUGGAGAAAUUUAUGGAUUGCUGCGUGCUGUUGAGCGGGACGUGAGAAACAGAUAUGGCUACUUAUUAAGAUUAAAUGGAGUGCUGGAAAGAAAUUGAUUGCAUUAGGUUUUUUUCUGCUGAGUGGGGCCUUAGCAAUGUGGUUGGUUAUGUGGCACAUAAAGCAGUUUGGUUUUAAUGCUAGAUGGUACUUAGCUGUGGGAUUGUGUAUCAUUAAAGACUGUUUCAGUAUGAUCUGAGCUUCUGCAGCUUUAUGUUUUUGACAAUCAUUGCCAAUGAGCUCUAGUUCAAAUGACACUUUCUCCCUCCAUAAAGAAUAGAAUAGGGUGGAGGGUGAGGUCGUGGCUUCAUGGGUGUGUGUGUAACUUAUUACUUUUAAAUGUAUUUGAGAAUCACUGUGUGUAAUGUACAUCUUUUGGGGUUGAAUCAAAAGUAUAUGAGUAUGACUACAUGAGUCAUGCUUCUACUGCUUGGGAAAAACAAGAGAAAAAACAUUGCAUCAAUACUGACCAUCUCAAAGAUACUUCUUUCUCAAUGCAAGUGCCAAGAAGCAUGUUUCCUCACUGUUAAUGGUUGUUUUAAGAAAUUUGGAGAAUAAUGGCUGAAAAGGGGGAAAAAACAUGCCCUAUAUGUGCCGAGGAAAUGGAUUUCACAGACCAGCAAUUGAAGCCAUGCAAAUGUGGUUAUCAGAUGUGUGUUUGGUGUUGGCAUCACAUAAUGGAAAUGGCUGAAAAAGAUGGAACUGAUGGUCGUUGUCCAGCAUGUCGUGCACCUUAUGACAAAGAAAAGAUUGUGGGGAUGGCAGCAAAUUGUGAAAGGUUAGUGGCUGAAAGAAAUUUGGAGCGGAAACAGAAACUACAGAAGUCGAAGCCGAAGGCGGCUUCUGAAGGAAGGAAACAUCUUAAUGAUGUUAGAGUUAUUCAACGGAACCUAGUGUAUAUAAUUGGAUUACCUCUUAACCUUGCAGAUGAAGAUCUUCUUCAGCACAGGGAGUAUUUUGGCCAGUAUGGGAAGGUUAUGAAGGUGUCCAUUUCUCGUACAGCAAAUGGGGUUAUCCAACAUUCUUCAAACAACAGUUGCUGUGUGUAUAUAACAUACUCAAAAGAGGAGGAAGCGGCUCGAUGUAUUCAAUCAGUGCACAGUUUUGUGUUAGAUGGUAGAUCCUUGAGGGCCUGCUUUGGAACCACAAAAUAUUGCCAUGCGUGGUUAAAAAAUUUGCCUUGCAGCAAUUCAGAUUGUUUGUAUUUGCAUGAUUAUGGCUCUUUGGAGGAUAGUUUUACCAAAGAUGACCUAGUUUCAGCCUUUGAAAGGAGUAGAAUUCAACAAAUCAUUGGUGCUACAAAUAAUUUGCAUCGGCGUUCAGGGAAUGUUUUACCUUCCCCAGCAUUUGAGAAUGCCAAUACGAGCAUAUCAACGGCCAAACCAGUUGCGAGAAGUCCUUCAAAUUACACUAGCAAUGAGGUUCGGGGACCUCCUGCAGAUAAUGGCUCCGGAAGAUCUAGUGUACCUCCUAAUGCUGCCUCUUGGGUCAUGCGUGUCUCCACUAGUCUGCCACCAGUGACAAGUAUUUCUGUUUCUGGACCUUCCAAUCAAAAUCCCGAUAUAUCUGAUAAUUCCCAGGUUCUUCCAUUAGACGUAAUGACUGAAAGAUCUACCCAUGAUGCAACAAAAUCUAUGAUAGAUGAAGAAAGCUGGGAAGUGCAUUCUAAUGCUAAAUUGAAGCCAAUAGAGUCUACCAAACAGUUUGUUGAUGGAAAUUGUCAAGUAGUUGAAUCCAAUACUAAUGCAGAGAGUAUUCUAGAUUCAACCCGUGCCACUGUGACUUCCAGCAAACACUUUUCUCAUCUAUUAGCAGCUAAGGGCAUCAAUCAAAAUAUUGCAGCGCAAUCCACCAGCACAAGCUCUCUUGAACUAAUUAAACCAUCCUAUAGUCCAGGUUUCCUUAAAGAUGGAAGUAUUCAUGCAGAUGGGAAUGUCCAGGGCUUAUGCUCCGAUUUAUCAUCAACGAACAAUCAUAAUCAUUUUAAACAGAACUUCUCUGGUUCAGUUGGUCCAGAGGGUGACCUAACUCAAACAAAAGGUUCACAGCAAGAUGAUAAAGAGCUUUCUGGUGAAGCUUCAAUGUCAACAGCUUUUAUGGAAGCUGCACUCAUGGAAGGCUUACUAGGUUUAGAUGAUCAGCAGCCGAAGGAUUUCAAGGGUAUCCAUCAGCAGCCAUCCGUCUCUUGUUCGCCUUGUCUAUAUCAGAAUUUAAAUCAGCCAAGCUGUCAUUUCUGGCAGCAUGGUGAGGUAUCCAAACAAAGUAAUGUUGUUCAGGAUCCUAGAAUUGUAUGCAUGAAACAAGAGGAAGAUGCUUAUCAAUUGACAUCUGAGAGUACUGUAUCAUCUAAUGGCUUCAAUGAUAAUAAAAUUAAUAUUCUUCCUGAUUUUGGUGGGACGUUUGGUUCAUCUAGUGUGUUCUCUGAGAGGGGAUUAGGGAAUUUGGGCAUUUAUGAAAAACCUGUACUUGGUGUUAACAAUAGUGCUGAGUCUGAUAUUGGAGAGAGCAGCAUAAUCUCAAAUAUUUUGUCUUUGGAUAUUGAUACAUCGGAAGAUUCAUUAACCUCCCCUCACAAUUUGGUGAAGUUCUUGAGUGAAACUGGUAAACAGCAUGCUUCCAUUAAAGUACCAAAUUUACAAAAAGCACAAGAUAAGAAUCAGUCCAGAUUCUCAUUUGCCAGACAGGAGGAUUACCUAAAUCAAAUAUCUGAUUUUGAGAAUUCUUUGGGUAGUAUCAGGCAUGUGCCCAAUGAAUAUUCCACCUCACGUGAUUUUGUAGAAAAGAAGCAUCCUUAUAUAGACACAUAUGAGCAUAACUUUUCAUCCGGUAGUUUUUUGGAGUCUGGUAGGUAUCCCACCAGCAGUGAUCCUUUUACGUCCUCUAAACUUCCUGUUUCUAGAGCCCCAACUUCGAUUCCACCGGGAUUUUCAGUGCCAACCAAGGCAACGCCUCCAGGAUUUCCUUCUCAUGGGAGAAUGGAACAGGCAUUUGACCCUUCUGCAUAUCGUUUGCUGCAAAAUUCUGCAAGAACUGGAAUUUCUGGCUUCACCGAAGAUGUUGAGUCUAUUGAUCCAGCAAUACUGGAAGUUGGUAAAGGGAUUCUAAAACGGGGGUUGAAUAAUGCUGGCUUUAAUAUGAGACCAACUCUAUCUCAACAGUUUAGUCCUUUUGAGCAAGAUCCAAGGCUUAACAUGCUUAUGCAACAAUCUAUUUCCCCACAGCAGAACUUAGGAUUCCCAGAUAACUUUGGGAAUAGAUUCUCUCCCCCACAUGAUGCAUAUAGAUUUUCCCCGAUGCUUCUAGAUCAAGUUCAACCCAACAAUCCAUCUGCGCUAUUGACUGCUCAACAAAUUGGUAAUAUGCAGAUGUCAAAUGGCCAUUGGGGUGGAUGGAAUGAGGCGAGGAAUGUUAGUGGUCUGGGUAUAUCAGAAUUACUUCAAAAUGAGAGGAUGGGAUGUAACAAGUUUAUUCCCGUUUAUGAGGAUGGAAAGUUUCCAAUGUCUACUUUCAGCAAUCUACCCAACAGAGAAUUUGGGAUGUGAAUUUUAUAUUGUAAUUUCUCUUUUAAACUUGAUUCGGUGGCCAAAUGUGACUGAGUGGGUUUACUUGGUGGAUGUCAACUGCCCCUGCUUAGUAGUAGUUAGGGUGUGUAAUUUUGUGCAGAUGAUUUUAUUAGUAACAUCUGGUAAGGAGCAGCUUGUCUUUGUUAUUUUGGGAAGUUAUUUUUUGUCCCUGAAAAAAGUAAUGGGAUUAGGUUGUUUGCAUUGGCAGAGUGGAAAAUGAAGCUGGCAAUGGCUCUCCUGCUAACUCCCUGGUAAGCUGGGUUAACAACACUGGUAUUGGCUGUGUGUCUAUGUAAAACAAUUUUGUCAAAUCUUAUGUAAUGAAUCUGUUGCUGACCAAGUUAUGGAUAAAAUACAAGAUAAAGUUUUCUAUGUA